CUCACAUCGUCGCAUCAUCCCUGGCCUUUUCUUCGUCGUCUCUCAUGCGUCGUCGCACCCACAACAAAGCUCGCUGCUAGACGCUUACCGCCUCACUUGCCACCCACUUUCGCUCGCUCGUGCUCUCUCGCGAAUCAUCACCACUCCAGCCAAUCGGGGCGGAACACUCACCGGGACUCAGCAGGAAAAAGUAGAAGCAAAGGGAAAAAGGUCGACUGACCGGCACGAUGACUUCAAGACCAAUGCAGUUUGGUCCCGAGUGGAUGCGCAAGGCAUCUUCAGGCUCUACCAAGCCAGGCGCACCCACCGCAGCAACAACCGGAGGGGUCGCCACAGGUGCUCAGACUCAAGGAGGAACAGUACCGAACGGAUCCAGUCGCACAAGCUCCUCUGCCAGCGCCGGCGCUGGCACGGGCGCCUCGGGCUUGGAGCCGAAAGCAGGGCUAUCCUCAACAGGCAGUGGCAUUCUCAGCCCGAGCUUUGCCUCUCCCGGCGCUUUCUCCUUUGCUGCAGCAGCGAGCGGCGCAGGGAGCCAUCACAGCGCAAGUGGCAGUGCAGCACUUGGCAAUGUUCUUGCUUCGGCCGCUCCGAACGGCGCCAUCGGCAUCGGUGCUGGUGCUGCUGCUGCUGCUUCGGGUGGCACCUCUGUUGCCAAUGGCCCUUCGGCUUCCGAAGAGGUAGGGACAGUAGCAGGAGGGGGCGGCGCAAGAGCAUGGUCUGGCUUGAGUCUGUACGGUCUCGGAAGAUCUGGCAAGUCUGCCACUUUCGCGGAGCCGAACGUUGCUACUACACACUCCACGGGUAGUGCUGCAGGACAAAAUACCGAUGGUGCUGCGAGUUCCAAGCGGAAGAUUCAUGGGCCACUGAAGUCUCCCGCCCUCGACGUCGGCGAUACUGGGCCCUUCCGCAAUGCUUCUAACGAGCCCGCUCGUGGUCUGAAUGCAAGAGGCUCUGCGAAUGCAUCUGGCGACGGCAGGGCAGCAGGCAGCGGCCUCCUCCAACGCACCUUUGCCGGAAGCGGCGCUGGCAGCGGCAAUGGUCCACCGCCGCCUUGCCUUGCUGGUGCUGGGGAUAAGCCAAGGGGCUUCCAGGGUGGCGUGCUGGGUGGACCAAUAGGCAGGACCCGGAAGGACAGCGAGGGUGGUAAUGCUAGUGGAGCUCCGCGCUCUCCCAAUCCCACGAUAAGCGGCGGAGGCGGGGAUGACUCCGAAGCGGCUACUUUCGGCAGCGGAGGCUUCGGCCACUGGACUCGUCCCUCGACGCAGCGCGCGUCUUCGCAGUCCAACUCUACCGCCGUAGCCGGCGCAAAUAAUGCCAUUGCCACUUCUAUUCCAAACUCGCGCAGCCAAGAGUCAGAAGGCAUCUCCGGCUCCUCGUGGGCGGCAAGAUACAAGCGUGAACGAGCGCCAGGCGAGGGGCCGAUGGGCCCGCCUGCGGAUCACAGCGGUGGCUUUGGCAAGGGACGUCCCGUGUUUGAGCGAAAGCGUCCCGUCUCCGGAACCUUGCGUUCUGCGCAGCCAUCCUCCGUCACUGAUCAGCACGAAAGGUUACUGGGCUCGAGUGCCGCUGCGACUGCGAAUGCGCUGCAUCAGCAGCAGCACCACCACCAGCGUCUGGAGGACCUCGAGGACGAAGCAAAGAUCCUCGAUGCGUUGCGCUUGGAGGAGGAGGAGCGACAGGCGGCGCGUGAGGUGGAUGGCUGGUCACCCGACCGGGCGUUCUGGUACUACAAGGACUACGAGGGCCGCGUGCAAGGCCCAUUCGAUGCGAACAACAUGCAGGAGUGGUAUGCACAGAGCUACUUUAAAGCCGACUUGCUCGUGCGCCGUGACGAGGAGGACAAGUUCAGGCCACUCGGUGAGGUCAUCAAGGAGGUUGAUAACUCCGUCGAACCGUUCUUGCUGCCGCCGCCCAAGAGGGAGGGGAAGCAGCAAGAUGGGCAACAGCAGGAGCAGCUGCAAGAGCAUGAGGGUGAUCACCUGCAGCCGCAAAUGCAGCAGGAGCAGGAGAAUCAACAACAGCGCGACGGGCAGGUACCCGCACCGUCGGCCGAAGAAAGCACAUUAUCGCCGUGGCCCUUGAACGACACGCAUGCUGCGCCUCCCGUCGGCGUAUUCCAGAGCCCGCUCACGAUGCUUGGGCAGCACGGCGUUCCGGGGUUCCCGGGCCAGCCUUCGCCAUUUGGUGCUCUGGUGCCGCCCCCGCCGGCAUCGUUGGCGCCGGCCAACCCGUUCGGCAUCCCUGGCGAAAUGAGUCUUGAGGAAAAGCUGCGCCACCAGGAGCAGUACGUCCUUAUGAUGCGCCGCCAGCAUAUCAUGGAGCAGCAGCUGCGCGCUGGCAUGCCGCUCGAUCAGCGCGUCGCCGCUGCUGCAGCUUUUGGCAUGGUGAUGCCACACUCGCUUUCGCAGCAGCAGCAACAACAGCAGCAGCAGCAGCCUUGGACGGGAAGCAGCAUGGAUGCGUGGGGAUAUGCGCACACGCAAGGUCUAGGGCUGCCGCAGGCGCCCUUCGGGCUACCGCCUGGUGGGGUGCAGCCGUCACAACUUUUGCAACAGCAGCUUUAUCAGCAUCGACUUCAACAGCAACAGCAGCAUCCUUUCCUUGAGCAACAACAGCAUCAUUUACAUCUUCAAGACCAGCUUCAACAACUUCAACAACAUAGUGAACAGUCGCGCUCCCAGCAGCAGCGACAGGCGCAGCAGCACAAUGCCGGUGGCGUGUGGAACGCCUGGGGUGCGGCGCCGGGUACGCCAAAGACUACGCAACAAGCAGAGCUCAAAAGUGUACCCGACGCCAUCGGUACACCGCGGCGCUCACAAAGUCCAGCUCCAGAAGCCGCUACCUCCGCCGCAGCCGACGAGCCUGCGCAGACGGAGCCAGUUCUGGAAACUGCACCAGCAGCCGCAAUAGCUGAAGGCUCUGCACCUGCAGAGCCGGAGCUGGAGCCGCAGCCGCAACCGGAAGCUUCUGGGCAACUCGAGUCUGCGCAUCAGCUUGAGGGCUCACUCGAGCCUGGCGAAGAGUGGGUUGCCGAUCAAGGACAGCAGCAGAUGCAAAUCGUCACCACGCGCAAGCAACGUAACAGGAAGGCGCGAGAGAACGCCGAGGCGGACAGCAAUGCCGCAGCAGCCAAGGCGCGCGGAACUUCCAGCGCCAUGGCCGGUAAUCUGAAUAUCAUGAGUGCUGAUGAUUUCAAGAAAGCCACAACUCCUGCCGCUUCUCAGCAGACACAAUCUUCGACGUCCGAGCCCAGCAUGCCUUCGACGCCUGCUAAGCCGGCUCCUUGGGCUCAAGCAGCGGAGGAGAAGCCAGCUACUCUGACAAGUCCUAGCCUGCGCGAAAUACAGGCGGCUGAACUCAAGGCUGCGGAGUCGAAGAAGGCCCUGGAAAGGCAGGCCGCAGCGAACCGUGCGAAAGCUGCUGCUGCUGCUUUUGCGUCGGCUUCAUCGUCUGCCCAACCGAUCACCAUGUCCUGGGGCCUCGCUAGCGUACCUUCCUCAGCAAGUAAGACAGAAGAAGCUAGCGCGUCUCCGACAUCAGGGUCCGUCGGCCAUGCGUGGAGCACAACUACAUCGUCGACGACCAAGAAGACGCUCGCGGAGAUCCAAGAGGAGGAACGCAAGCGAGCACAGCGCGCCAAGGAGAUCGCAGCUGCGGCGCGCGCUCAACAGGCUGCAGCGGCCGGUGGUAAGGCGUACGCCGACUUGGCUGCCAGCGCUGCAAGCCGGGCCGUCAGCCAGCCAAACCUCGCACCUGCUCCAGGGUGGAGCGUCGUUGGCGCUUCGGGAAAGCCUGUUGGUGGCGCCAGUAGCGGUACAGUGCCAUCCAACCGGUCGUCUGAUGCCAUGGCUAGCCCGCAGCGAUCGGCCAGCGCGGGUACGGCUUCCGUCAAGCCUGCACCUGCCGUCGCCGCUGCGCCACCUACGAAUGGUACUGCCGUGCGAUCCUCCGCCGCACCUUUGUCCUCAUCAUCAGGAUCGUUGUCUUCUUCGGGCCCUAGUCCGGAAUUUGUCCGCUACACCAAGGAGCAGCUCAAGGGCUUGAGCGUCAAUGUGGACGACUUUGUCGACAUGCUGCUCUCCUUCCCGCUCGACCCUUCACCGGAUGUCGUCGAGAUCAUUGCCGAGAGCAUUUAUGCCAACAGCAGCACGCUCGACGGGCGUCGCUUCGCGGCUGAAUUCGUUGCUAAGCGCAAGAUGGACGCGCAAGGAUGCGGCUUGGGCGCAACAGGAAGCUCAGCUGCAUCUUCUGGCGCGUCUGGUCUUGGUCGCCCGGCGGAGCGAAGCGCCAGCGACGUGCUCAAGUCUCAGCCUUCGAGGCGGGACACCUUCGCCGGCUUCCAGGUUGUCCAGGGCAAAGGCGGUAAAAAGAAGGGCGGAAAGUGAGCGCAUGGGCAGUAUGAAGGCGAAAGCCAUGUCUUUAAACAAUGAAAUGCAAUUGCAACUAAAUGUAUUGCUAGCACUGAAGAAUGCGGA